UCUUGUAGCUUUUCACGCUAGUUUGUGAUACUUGCCUAUAGACUUGUUUCUGACCAUAAAAACUGUUCCUUUUUAUGCCUCAGAUUGUUGUAUUGGUCGUUUUCGACUAGAAAUCGUGUUAGUAUUGCCUAUAGGAAGUGCCUUAUUUCAACUCCUGAAAAAUGUUCCGCCUCAUUGGAAGGUUUCUUUCUCAACCAGAGGAUGUCAACUUGGCCAGUUCAAGACGUAGAUAUUCCUCGGUCAUGACCAUAGAUGAAACCUCCAGGUCUUAUAUAAGCACCAUGCGACUCCGGCAAGUACUCGAUGACUACUACAAGGGUAGUGUCGAUAUAAUCGAAGAAAAUGUGGUACCCUUACGGUCUCCUACUAGCAUCCCCUAUAAGUGCCGCAUUCAAGUUCUAUUGAAGACCACCACAGGUAAACAAGAACAAUUAGCCUUAUAUGUGAAAAUGUUGAUGGCGGAUCAGGACGACCUACGACACAGAGCGCGUACUUAUAUGCGAUUAGAUGAAAUGAUGAAUAUGAAAAAAGAAAUUAAAGUAUAUAAUGUUGUUAUACCAAAAAUCGACAGCUUUCAAAAAGGAUUGUUAAUUGAGACAGAAUAUCGCUACCAGAAUUUAUUGGCAAAAUGUUUUAAAGCCAGAUUGACUUUUCAUUCACUUCAUGCACAACUACCCGAUCAAAAUAGUGUAAUACUGCUUAAAGACCUAACAUUCGACAACUAUAAAUCUGAAUCGAUUUUAAGAGGAUUUAGAGGUUUUGAGUUGGAUACUGCUCAAAUCAUUCUACGAAACAUGGCUCGUUUUCAUGCCUGUCCUAUAGCAAUGCGUCUAAAGGAAGAAGCACAAUUUCGGAAACAAAUUAUUCCAACGUUAAACUUGGAGGUGAAGCAGUAUAAGAAACUGCCCCCUAUCGAAAUGUUGUCUCGCGAAUUAAUCAGCUACGGGCUGAAGAAUAUCCCUGCGGCACAUCGUCAUUCAAUACGCAUUAGAGAUUCUCUGCAGCUCUGUAGAUUAUAUGAUUGGAUCCACGGGGACCAAGAAGAUAACACGUGGUAUACAAUAAGCCAUUCCCGAUAUUGGCUUAACAAUAUAAUGACAAGCAGAGCGGAUUCAGAUGCACCUCAGCAAAGUAAACUGCUCGAAAUGCAUAGAGUCGGUUUCAAAAACUGUUGUACAGAUUUAGCGUUUUUUCUGCUUACGAGCGUUCAACCUGACAUCUUGGAAAAACGCUUUCUACACUUUCUAGAGGAAUAUUAUGAUGAAUUUAGUCGGACUUUGAAAAUGCAUAAAGUAGCCCUCGAUAAGUACACUUACUCACUAUUUACUUCGGAAUUUCACGCAGUGGGACAGAGAAUCGCAACUGAUAUUUUGAUUAACAUCAAAACGGGUUCAUGCGAAGGCUAUGAUGAUGCAGGAAACCCCAUUUUAGGUAACAGAUAUCGCAAAAGAAUGCUAGCAGCUGUAAAUCUUAUGAUACAACAUGGUUGGAUGCAGGAAGUUGUCUCUUUUCCAACUGCCUCUCAGCGCAGGCCUCUUCAAAUGUCCCCCAGUACCUCUUAAUUUAAUUAGCUAAUUACAUUUUUUCCAUCAAUGUAUUAUGAAGUAGAAGGUUCCGUUAAAGCAUGGUAAUAUCACAUUAGUUUCAAUGAAUAUUUGACUGGAAAGAAAUAACACUUUUUUACUAAACUGUUUUUUAAGAUCGCUUCAGAUUUUACUAAAGUUUCUUAUUUGCAAUGCUAAUAAAGUAUGCAUAUCAAAUGACUAAACAAUAAUCUCAAUCGUCGAUUGAUCGUUUAGAUCAAUCAGGUCUUUUAAUAUUUAUAAGUAACAGUGAUGUUUCGUAUUUACAAUCAGGUUUGAGCUUUUUUCCGACUUUCAGUUUCUUAGUUAUGAUAAAACUCUAUUUUUCUGAUUAACUAGUUUAAGGUUUGCGGUAAUUUUAAUAAACAACAGGAAAAUGUUUAAGACUAGAAUGCGCAUAUUUUAUACUAUCACUUAGCUCCAUUGAAGUGUCCAGUUAUUAUUAUAUUUAUGUUAUUAUAUAAUGAACCACCGAAAGUCAUAUUUCACACGUGUAUCUACGUGUUUUGGUACUAUUGCUCUCUGUUAAUAUAUUAUACAAAGCAAAAUAAGUUAAACUUAUGUUUGCUUCUGUGUAUAUAGUUACUUAUUUUGCAAAUGCAAAUGGAAACAACAUGUGGACAUUUCCUUUCAAAUUAAGUUUUAAGAAGGCAAGUAAAAAACACCUAGAUUCAAUUUUAAGGAAGGUACUUAUUACUUUCACUUACAAUAAUACAUGUAAUAGACAUGAUCAGAAUGAGAGUUCUGCAAAAGUAAUGCAAGUUUUGGUAUUAUUUUAUAAUUGUUACGACAAUGCAGACAUUUUUAUACAAGUCAGGUAGGAUUUAAGUCUAAGGCUUUCAAUUAUGUAAACUUUAUUCUAUGUUACUCAUAAGUGAACAUAAUGUAGUAGAGUAGAAUAAGAAUGACACUGAAAACAAGUAUCGUUUUUAUGUGUAUCUUUACGGUUUUUCAUCGAAUGUUUAACGUUUGCAACGCAUUAUUCUAUAAAUUUUAUAAUUUAAUAAAUAGCUUAUACGCUGUGACACAUUUACCAUAGUCAAAUAAUUAAUAUUCAAUUAAGUUCAAUAUUUUGAAGUUAAUAAAUGUUUAAUAAUGCUGA